CCAUUAUUCAUCCAUGUUUCUUGAGCUUUUUCUAUCUGCAUUUCCUCAGAUCUUUCUUGCAAACAUACAUUCAUAAAGUUGUUCUCCUCCAGAUCUUGUCUUGAAAGUAACAGCACUUCCAAAUUCAUGUAGUUUAAACAUUGGUACUUCUUAUUCAAGAAAACUUGACCCAAUUGUUGUGGCUUCUUGCUUCAGUCUUUCUCCACUAUGAAGUUUCAUGCCGUUGAGCUUCCACUUCCACCUAAUGGAAUGAAGAGUCCAAACAGGUUGUUUUUCUUAGCCCUUACCCUGUUUCUCCUUACCUUAGUUCCUUUGUGUCUCUGGAAUUGGGGACCGCCUUUGACAUUUCCUAAGAUUGACAUCAGUGGCUUGAGAAAAAGCAAAGAGCAAGGUAAGAAAUGUGAUAUCUUUACCGGACAAUGGGUGCCUCACCCAGAAGGUCCAUAUUACACCACUAACACUUGCCGUUUGAUUAUUGAUGAGUAUAACUGCAUCAAGUUUGGGAGGGCUGAUACGGAAUUCAUGAAAUGGAGGUGGAAGCCGGAGGGAUGUGAGCUACCGUACUUCGAUGCAGUGCAAUUCUUGGAGCUUGUCAGAGGGAAAUCCAUGGCCUUUGUUGGGGACUCUGUAGGAAGGAACCAAAUGCAUUCAUUGCUUUGCCUAUUAGCCAAAGUGGCUACUACCGAAGAUACCUCUCAUAAAUAUUCAACAGAUACAGAACAUUUCCAGCACUGGUACUAUGCAGAUUACAACUUCAGCCUAGUGGCAUUAUGGUCACCGUACUUGGUUAAAACCAAAGAAGCAGACCCAAAUGGGUAUUCCAAUGACAGCCUGAUGAACCUCUACUUAGAUGAAGCUGAUGAAGAAUGGGCAGGGCAGAUUGAAAGCUACAAUUAUGUGAUAAUUUCAGUAGGGCAAUGGUUCUUCCGGCCAAUGUACUACUAUGAGAAGGGUAAGCUUGUUGGUUGUUUCAGGUGCCCUGAGAACAACAUCACAAACCUUGGCAAGUACUAUGGAUACAAAAUGGCCUUCAGAACAGCCUUCAGGACCCUUCUGAGCCUGAAAAGCUACAAGGGUGUUACAUUUUUAAGGACGUUUUCACCGGCACACUUUGACGCAGCUUGGAAUAAGGGAGGGGACUGUGUGAGGACAACGCCCUACACAAGCCAAGACGAGAAGUUGCAGGACUUUCAGAGGGAAUUUUACUUGACACAGGCGGAGGAACUAAGAGCAGCAGAGGAAGAAGGAAGGAGAAGGGGUUUGAAAUUUGGGCUAUUAAAUACAACUGAAAUAAUGUGGCUGAGGCCAGAUGGACAUCCGAGCCAUUUUGGGCGGUCACACAGAAAUGUGACAACCAACGACUGUGUUCACUGGUGCUUGCCUGGUCCAAUUGAUACAUGGAAUGAGUUCUUGCUGUAUCUGAUGAAGAGGGAAGUUCUCACAAAGCUAGGAGGAAAGCUGAUGCAAAAUUAAUGAUGACAAUUUACAUUCAAGUGGUUUUAAGUUUGUCAUGUACCAUCCAUUUGAUUCAAUUGUUAAAACUCAGCCAAUAGUUUAUUAGUUGUUUGCUGUUUCAUGUCAAAUGACUAAUAAAACAUUACCUGGAGUAACUGGAGCCAAGAGCAUAGGGAGAUACUUUAAUGCCAUGGAUGCAUCUCGGUUGUGCAAAUCCAGACAUGGUUCUGUGCAUGCUCAGACUUCGGUGGCGCAUUGGUAGGAAGGGAUAACAAUUCACCUUUGACUCUGGAAUGAGCUUCAACAUUUGGAGAGGAUGGAAUCAGGUCUUGACGCUCAUUUCAUUUUCAUGUAAAAUCUUGUGCAUUUUAUUUUUUUUUAGCCUCUUGCCUUGGCUUACAUGUUUGUUUGAAAUGAGGGAAUUCUUUUUUUAUUUAAAAAAAAAAAAAAAAAAGAUUUUCC